AUGACAGUGGCAAGUUCAUAUCGUUUCGAUCCACCUCCACCACGCCCGAGGAAGAAGCGGACAGUGGUUCGUCGUGACCGUGAAGGUGGAGCCGAGCGCCUCCAUCGCGAUUAUUUUUCUGUCGAGCCUGUUUAUGGGCCACAAUUCUUUCGCCGUCGAUUUCGCAUGAGCCGGGAGUUGUUUCUACGCAUUGUCAAUGCGCUAGAAGUCGAUCCUUACUUCCAACAACGUCCGGAUGCUAUUGGCCGCUUAAGCUUCUCCCCGAUCCAGAAGUGCACUGCCGCUGUUCGACAAUUGGCAUACGGAACUGCUGCUGAUUGUUGUGACAAAUAUCUCCGUAUAGGAGAGACGACGGCGUUGGAAUGCUUGAAGAAAUUCUGCAAGGCCGUCGUUCGUAUCUUUGGCGGCACGUAUUUGAGGCGGCCAACAACUGCCGAUGUGCAACGCAUCACUGCAAUGCACGAAGCCCGCCAUGGGUUCCCGGGAAUGUUGGGGAGCCUAGACUGCAUGCAUUGGGGAUGGAAGAAUUGCCCCGUGGCUUGGCACGACGCCUACACUCGAGGGGAUCAAGGCGAGCCAACAAUUAUAUUAGAGGCCGUUGCUUCACAAGAUUUGUGGAUCUGGCAUGCAUUCUUUGGAGUCGCUGGGUCCAACAACGACAUCAACGUGCUCCACCAGUCCACGCUAUUCAACUAUGUUUUAGCGGGGCAUGAAGCGGCUGUGCACUUCCUCGCCAACAAUUCUCACCACACUCGAGGAUACUACUUAACAGACGGCAUCUAUCCGGACUGGCCGGUGUUCGUGAAGAGCUUCCAGUUUCCGAACGAUGAGAAGAAGCGGAGGUUCAAGGUGAUGCAAGAAGCUGCAAGGAAGGAUGUGGAACGAGCUUUCGGUGGGGUAUAA